AUGCCAAAAUGGAAGUAUCAUAAGUUGCUUCGAAAGCAUAAUAAUAAAUGGAAGGAACAAGCUAAAAAAAGACAGAGAGAGGAGAUUGAGGAGGAAAAGGAAUUUUCUAAAGGUGUCACAGAUAAAGAUAAUAAAUCUGACGAAAAGAAGAGUGAAAAAGAAAUUGAAGAAGAAACAACCAUUCCACUCAU